CAUACGGAAAGGAAGAAAUUAUUAUAUACUUAGUGCGGUGACUGAAAAAACAUGGAUUCCCGAGACCAGGAUCCCCGAACCAAACAGUUCAUGGACGAUUUUCAUCGAUUCCAGAUGAAACCGGCACCGGAAGUGACUGUGCAGUUGCCUCCGGUUGUCGAAAAUCCGGUGCAGAUACCUUCCGGUUGGGAUUGGGCCUCGUUGAUGACCGUCAAGGGUCACCUCAAAGUAGGCCAGGUGAUUGCGACAAUCGUUUCGCUAUCGCUAAUUCGACCAGACGAAACAUGUGUCGAUCAACAGCGAGCCGAAUUGCUGUACACAUUCAUUUUCGUGAACAUGAACACCCUGGCACUGACGUUGAUCAUUCUUGCGGAUACCGUGGCUCGUGGCCGGCUGCUGAAGGGUUUGUUUACGCCGGCCAUCUUGGAACGCGCCGAGCUGUGGCUUACCGGAUUGGCCACGGCGUUAAUUUACUUCUACGGCUACUGGGUUGUCAUUUAUUCGGCCUCGUGCUACUAUCCGAAGGGACUCAACAUUGCCUCGGGAUCGGUCGGUUUUAUUUCAGGAUUGCUGUAUCUGGUUGAUUGGGGAAGAGUUUUCCGCAAUCGUUUCACAAUGCCUAAUUGAGUCGCAAUUACAUUUUCUCAACCACUACCAUGACAAUUCGAAAUGCCGCUGAUUGAUAAAAUCGAAUUAAAAUUUUCUAAUAAUGUGACAACGUUUUUCAAUAAGUUGAUUAAUAAAGAAAGUGUAUUUGAAAUGUGUAAUUUAAUGAAAUAAACGAAACAAACUUUUUAACGAUAUGAUUCCAUUCACUUGAACAGUUACAAAGUUCAUAACCCAUGUUCUAAAAGAAAUUACGCUAUAACUUUGUCGGUACGUUUAUAAAAAUGUUAUAAAUGUAAUGAGGCUUUCAGUAGGUUCUCAAGAGCAAAUUAAGCAAUUUAUUCAUAGAAUUAAAGGGUGUAUGGAUCAAAAAGUGGUCAAACUAAAUUGCGUAUAAAUAAAUUAUUUGUUUAUUUCAAAAAUAA